CAGGUGCACAAACUGCAGGAGAUGCAAUUGCUGCCUGCCGAUGCCAUGGCCAACGAUCACGUUAAACUCUACAUGCGCGAACUGCCCAUUGCACCGUACAUGCUACGGUACAACUAUUCGUAUCUGGCCGAAGCUCGGAAGGGCAUGCUCUCACUCAAGGACAAGCAGGACCUCAUCGCCGGCAUGUCCAAAGACGAAGCACCCAAAACCCCAGACACAGGGGCAUCCCUGUCCGGGUCUGUUUCCACCCCAACCUUCAAGACCAUGAGUGCAGGCAAUAGUAAUCGAGGCUUUAACAAGGUAUCGCCGGCCAUGUCUGAGACGUCCUUAGAGUCGUCGCCGCAGGUGCUGAUCACAUCGCCUGUACUGUCACAUACCAGUGCCUAUCUGGGCGGUAACAACAAGGCCAGACGUGGGUCGACCUUGAGUUUGAACCAAACCAAGGAGGGCGGGGGUAGUCCUAGCACCUUGGUAGCCGAGGACGGGCCAUCGGCCAACACGCUGAGCGGCACGGUGCAGUCUAUAAAUAGCUCAGAGGUAGAUAGCAAGGAGGAGUCCGACGCACUCAACGACACAGGGGAUACCCGCAAACCACCCGGCACCAUGAUGCAAACGGGGAUGAGUGCGAAGGACACGGGGUUAUCGGGUUCAUUGGACUUUCUGGAUAUGCUCAACACCAGCAUGAAGCCUGGGGACAAGUCCUCCAGCUCGCCUGGGGGCACCACCCCAGACACACUCAGCCCCAGAGCCCGAGGGAACUCAGCCAGUGCUACAUCGUCUGCAACCACCGCCAGUAUGUCUAAGGAUAAGGAUCCGCUGAGUGCGCAGGGGUCGUCGUCUAACCUAGGCAAAGCAAACGCCCACACGGGCAAGAUGGUGUUGCAGGCGUCUGGGUCGAACACCAGUCUCAACGCAGCCAACAGUUGUACCGGCUCAAAGCGCAUCACGCGUGUGGUGAUAUCACCCCGAACCAGCUCAGUGUCACGCAAUGUGAAUGCGGCCAAUCGCAACUCCAUGCCUGUGUUCACGGGGCAUCGGGUGGUGUGUGCACAGGCGCCGGGCUCGGGUGUGGGCACGCCGCAGUCACGCGCUAAGGUGACAGAGCGCAGCAGUAUCGACGGAGGUACGUCUACGCCCGCCAUGACUCACAGUGACGAUGAACUGACUGAGGUGGAGAGUGCGACGGAUCUGGCCUCGGGAAAGGGGACGGAUACAUCAGAUAGUGAAACAAAGGGACCUCCUACUACGGUCAAGAAGGCGCCUCGGCCCAGGACCUUCAGCCUGGCCAGGCACAAGCAACGCAAGGCCAAAGAGGGUGGGGGGAACAUGAUGUCUCUGCUGGAUAUGCUGUAAGGGUGGGAUGUAGACGGGCACGUCCAGGAUGUGUACCACCGGCUGCGUAGGCGAGAAGCCCUUUCUGCGAAACGAAACACUUGACGAUACAGAUACAUACACAAGACGUAAACUACACAUGCUUUAUAUAGUGUACAUAUGUGCAUAGAGAUAGCCGUAAGCUUAGUUUGAGGCAUAUACUAAAUUGUGAGGGGACAAGAAGACACCCUGCUUCACCACAGGCCCACACACUCGAAACCCUUGCCUUCGCUAUAGCGCCGCCGCUGGCGGUCGUAGGAUAGAUGUAUUGAGAUGUAUAUAUAAAUCGGAAUUUGCCGAAGUCCCUUACUAUUGAUUUUCUCAACAUCGCGCAAACGUCUGGCACUCUGUUAUUCGAUAUCGAGCUCAAUCAAU